UUCAAUCCCUCUUUAUUUUAGGGACAUUUAUUAUCAAUGUACUUACAUUUUGUCUGUUUAAUUUGAGACCAUCGAAUUUUUUGAAAAAAUUUAAAUUUGUUAAGAUUUCUUUUAUUGGAGGUUAUGAAACGCUUUAUUUACCAAGUUAUUGUAAAGUGUAAAGUAAUUUAUUAUAAAUAAACAAUGAGUAAUCACGAAGAAGAUUUCGUAAUAAUCAACAACGAAGAUGUGACGGACGAGAGUAUUGCGAGGGAACUUGAGAAAGAAAUCAACGCAUCCGAUGGUUCUGAACAUUUAAGCAAAGCUUUUAUAUCAAACGAUGAGGCCAUCGCUAGGGAAUUACAAGGUCAAAUCGACAGGGAGUACAAUGAGAGUUUAAAAAGAUUGGAGAGGUUACAAAAUGGGACCUCAAAGUUGAAUAUUUCUUAUGAAAAAUAUAAGAAAUAUGAAAAUUAUGAUGGGUACGGAGAAGAAGAUUAUGAUGAGUUUGAUCCCGGAGAUAACGUUGAUUGGGACAGAUUCGAAGCUGUUGAUAGAACGUUUAAUUCCGUACCACCGUGCGGGUAUUUAUUUAAUAAAGAUGGAACGGUUGUGACAAAACACGAUGUUAGCUUAAACGGACAAAGGAAUAUGAAGAGAUUGAUGAGUUUACCCCCAAAUGUCCAAACAGGAGAUGGAGCAGCUUCUCAUAUGGAGAUAUCAAAUAGCGUUUUAAAUGGGUUAAAACUUCACUCCCAACAUGAGAUACAUCGCGAAAAUAUGCGACGUAAAGAUAAAGACGAUACAAAGGAUCGCAAAUUAGAUAAAAUUCGUAAAAUUGGAUUAAUCGGAGUUGAUCAAAGUACGAAUGAUACGAUUCAUAGUUUAUUCAAAGGAAUUAACCCUUGUCUUAAUGCAAUUAAUGGACGAGUCGGUGAAGGAAAAGAAUCAUUGAUUUAUUUUGGGGAAAAAACUCCCGAUAAAGCGUAUUAUUAUAUUAAUGAGCGCCCAAACUUCGAUUGUAUUUUAAAAUUAUACAAAAUCGAUGGGCACGAUUUUAGGCAACAAGAAAAGUACAUAGCGGGUGAUUAUCGUUAUAAGGAUCGUUAUAAUUCAAAGAUGAAUAAAUUUAAUAUAAUUUGUUUGUGGGCGGAAAAGGAGCGCGAUAAUUUGGUACGCUUGGGAAAGUAUAUUUCAUGUCCAGAGCCAAUUAUGUUGAAAAACAACGUGUUAGUGAUGAGUUUUAUCGGUAAUAAAGGAAAACCAGCGAAAAAAUUAAAUCAAAGUAAUUUAUCCACCCGCGAAUACUUCUCAGCUUACGAACAAAUCAUCAAAACCAUGAAAAAGAUGUAUACAAAGGCGCGUUUAGUCCACGCCGAUUUAUCCGAGUACAACAUUUUAUGGCAUAAUCAAAAAUGCUACUUCAUCGAUGUGAGUCAAGCCGUUGAUAUCGCCCAUAUUAAUGCUUUUGAGUAUUUAAAAAGGGAUUGCAAAAAUAUCAUUGAUUUUUUUGACAAGAAACAUAUAGCUGGUACAAUGACGAAAGAGGAAUUAUUUAAAUACAUCACCAAUGAAGAAUACAAUGAUAAAAUUGGGUUGGAAUUGUUAACGAUGACUUUUAAGGAGAAACAUCAUCCCAAAAAUCAUGAUGAUCAUAAAUUCGAGGAGCUUUGGGCUAGAUCUAAAGCUAAACUGGUUGGUGUUUAAAUAAUUUGUAAAUUUAAAUUGAAAUUCAAAUACGUCAAUCGUUAAAUAAAAGUGUUAAUAAGAUGCAAAA